ACGUUCGACGCCGGCGCGCGCGCCUUCACCGGCGUGCCGCUGCCGGCCGAGCUGGGGCCGCACCUGGUGACCGUGACGGCACGCGGCCGCCGCCCGCACAGCCGCGCCAAGGACCGCUUCAUGGUCGACGUGGUGCUCGAGAGCGACUCGGGGCACGCCGGCGCGCCGCUGGACUGGGACGAGGACAGCGGCGAGCUGAGCUGCGCCGAUGGCAGCGCCUCCACCGUCGUCGCUCUGUACUUCGACGUCGCGCCGCAGACGCUGGAUGGCGCUGCGCGCCUGCGCAUGCUGCGGGCACUGGCCGCGGCCGUGCACGUGGAGCCGGAGGUGAUGCACGUAACGUCGCACAGCGGUGCCAUGCCUCUGGAGGAUGAGAGCGUGCUGGAAGCGGGCGCUGGCAGCCACACCAGACAGUCCCGCCAGCUCACCGUCUUCUCGUGGAAGGUGGGCUGCUCGGAGCAGGUGCACCCGAACCGGCGGCGCUCCGUGCAGGCAGUGCAGGCAGACCUGCGCAUGGAGCGGCUGGCAGCGGCCGCCGACCGACCGGCCGUCGGCUGGCUGAUGUACGCCCGGCAGCCGACCGGCCGCCACCGCAGACAGGUGGACGGCUCUGGAGACUUCGGCGAUGACGAUUAUGACUACAACUACGACGACAACUACGACUACGGCGACCCGGUGACGCACGUGGUGCCGCCGCUGGCGUCGCCGACGUUCUCCGGGCCGCCGGCGUCGCCCGCCUACCCGCCGCCGCGCGUCACGGCCUCCGCCGUCUGGCCGCGGGUCAGCACUCCGAUCCCGGUGGCAGCGGUGCCGACGCGGUACUAUCCGGACUCGCUGCAGCCCAGCCGCACGGACGACGGGCCGCUGUGGCCGCCGGCGCGCGAGACCAGCGGGCUCGAGUCGUCCAUGAACGCCCCCGGCGGACGUGUCGAGGCGACGGCCCGGCUGCCGGGCGGUGUGCUGGUGACGCCGUCCGUGCCGCUGCCACCCGGCGAAGAGACGAUCUCCGUGGGCGCGCGCAACUUCAGGCCGCUCCUGCAGCGGCGCAUGCGCAAGCUGCUGCUGGUGGCCGGCAAGGAGUUCCGGCUGCGCGUACCCGAGGAGACGUUCCAGGACCUGGAGUCGGGCGGCACGCGCCAGCUGCACCUCUCGCUGAAGAAGACCAGUGGCCAGGAGUUGGACGACUCGGACUGGAUCCAGUUCGAUGCCGCGAAGCAGGAGAUCUACGGCCUGCCCAAAGAGGAGCACAUCGGCGAGUACCAGUUCGAGCUGACCGCGAUGGAUGCGGAGGGCGCCUCGGCGUCCGACCAGCUGGCUGUGGCCGUGCGGCUCUACCAGCAGUGGCGCGCCAUCAACCACCGCUUCCACCUGCAACUCAAGAUGCUGCGUCCGCGCGACUUCCCCGUCACGGUGGACUGGGAGCUCCUGCUGCUGCGCAAGCUGGCAGACAUGUUCGGCCAGACCUCCACCUCCAGCCUGCUGGUGUACGACGUGCGUGCCAUGCUCGGCGGCUCCGUCCGCAUCGCCUGGGUCAACGACACCAUCAGCACGCACCGCUGCGACCAGCUCGCCCUCUCGCGCAUCGCCUCGCACCUGGUGGGCAAGAACGGCGAGCCGACAGCCGAGCUGCGCAAGGUGCUGGCGCCCGAGUUCGGCGCGCAGCGCGUGCGGCUGGAGCUGCUGAACGUGUGCCACGGCGUGCUGCUGACGUCGGUGCCCACCCCGGCCACCGAGGAGCCGGACCAGAACGUGCCGCCCAUCCGGCGCCAACCCGUUGACCGGAUCACGGCCAGCGUCGGCAGGCUGCUCAAACAGCAGGUGCCGGCGGACGCGUUUUUCGACAUGGAGGACGGCAACGCGCGCGAGAUGGAGCUGCGCCUGCUGACCAGCGAGCGUCAGCUGGUACCGCGCGAGAGCUGGCUCCGCUUCGAGCCCAAGAACCAGGAGUUCAUCGGCCUGCCCCUGGACAAGGACGUGGGACGCUCGCACUACCACCUGGAGUGCAUCGACAGCGGCGGCCUCACGGUGUCCGACUCGAUCGAGGUGGUGGUGCAGCCGCGCGACGACGCCAAACAGCACACGGUCGAGUUCGGCGUCACGCUCGACAACGACUUCCGCAAGUUCAGCCGCGACCCCAUGCAGAAGAAGCGGCUCAUGGAGAAGCUGGCCGAGCUUCUCGGCGACGGCGACACAGACGCCAUGCUGGUGCACGACAUCCGCGAGGGCUCUGUCGUCUUCUCCUGGUUCAACGAAUCGCUGCCGACGGACGAGUGCGCCGACGCCGACAUCCACGCGCUGCGCGAGGCGCUGCUGGACGACGCGCAGCAGGUGACGCCACGCGCCGUGCAGGCGCUCGGGCCCGACUUCCGGCUGACGGCGGCCGAGGUGACGCCGCGCGGCAUCUGCCUGGCGCGGCGCACGCCGACCACGGCGGCGGCGCCGCCCGCGGCCGCGCCAGGCCCGCUGGACGAGCAGGCGCCCGAGAGCAAGGGCGACGAGUACCUAGUGACGUUCAUCAUCCCGGCCGUGGUGAUCGCCGCUAUGCUGCUGAUCGCCGGCCUGGUGGCGUGCGUGCUGUACCGCGCGCGCCGGCGCGGCAAGAUGACCAUGACCGACAACGGCACGUACGUCAGCCGCGGCAUCCCCGUCAUCUUCUCCGACGAGUUAGAGGACCGCAUGGAGAAGAGUGCCAAGACGCCCGUGAUCCUGACGCACGAGCGGCCGCCCGAACCGCCCACCUACCCGGCCGAUGGCGCGCCGUCGCCGGCUACGCCGAUGCUGGACGAGCACGGCGAGGCAGCCGGCGGCGGCGGCGAGGACACGCCGUACGAACGGCCGCCCCCGCUGGCCGGGGCCGAGGCUGGUCGCGGCGGCCGCGCCAAGCCCGUGCCCAACUACCGGCAGCCGCCGCCGUACGUGCCGCCCUAG